AUGGCAGCAGUUGCAGCGACUGCUCCAACUCCUAGGAGAGCCAUUGAGCUUCCAUCAUAUCAUCAAGUCCCCGAGACGGCCCAUGAGUUGGAUUGGGCGACCCUUGUAACGCUCGACCUAUCCCGGUUUGACGAGCUGGGCGGCAAGCAGCUUCUUGCACAGCAGCUCUUCGAUGCAGUCCGAAAUAUUGGAUUCUUCUACAUUGUUAACUUUGGCCUUAGCCAGGAAGAGGUGGAUCGCCAGUUUGCCCUCGGCAACGAAGUGUUCAAACUACCCACGGAAGAGAAACUGAAGUACCGCGCGGAGCUGGAGACGGGGGGCUAUAACGGUUACAAACCUCUUGGACUUCGGGAGGUUCGCCCCGGCUUGUUCGAUAACACGGAAAUCUACAAUAUCCCCAAGUUUAUCCCCGCUUACGAGCGCCCUCAUCCGGCGGUCAUCAACGAGAACCGCGAGGAGAUCGAAAAGUUCGCCCGUCACAUCCACGAGAAGGUUGUCGGCAAGCUCCUUGUUCUCUUCGCUAUCAUUCUCGAGCUCCCAGAAGAUUUCUUUCUCAAACUGCAUCGGUAUGACGAGAAAAGCGACUGCCACCUUCGGUAUAUGAAGUAUCACCGCCGGACCGAGGAGCAGAACCGCCUCCUACACAACGUCUGGGUCAAGGGCCACACAGACUUUGGAAGCUUGACACUACUUUUCCGCCAGCCCGUCGCAGCCCUUCAAGUGAGAACGCCGGCUGGGGAGUGGAACUGGGUCAAACCGUACCCUGGAAGUAUCACGGUGAACCUCGCCGACGCGUUAGAGUUCCUCACCAACGGCUUUCUCAAGAGCAGCAUCCACCGCGUCGUCGUCCCUCCUCCUGACCAGCAGGGGAUCGACCGUCUUGGGGUCUUGUAUUUUGUGCGACCCGAGGACGAUGUCCAGCUACGGCCAAUCGAGAGCGAGGUGCUGAAACGGCUGGGGUACAACGAAUCAACGGAUGACAGCGUCGUGGGAAUCACAGCAGGUGCCUGGGUAAAGGCUCGAGUUGCCAAAGGUGUCGCAAAGGACGGACCGAAGAGCGAACUCGAGGAGCAGGUCAUCAUUGGCGGGAAGACAGCCAAAUACUACGAUUGA